AUGGCCCUCAACGUCCCCGAAUUCGCCCAGACCCAACUCGCCCUGCUGGCCGCCGAGCUCGCCGCCGAGGUGGCCGAGUCGGCCGCGCUCGUGGCCCUGCACUCGCCCGCCGCGCUGCAGCGCGCCGGCGUCGCCCUGACGAACCUCGUCGUGGCCGCGCAGCGCACGGGCCUCGGCGGGCGCACCGUCCUCGAGCUGGCGCGCGAUCCCGCGCUUGGUGUCGCCGGGGGCGGGAAGGGCGGUGGUGGCGCUGGUGGUAGGGAACAAGGGAAGGAAAAUGAGUUGCCAGAGCAUGGCAUCCGCACGGGCGAUAUCGUGCUGCUCUCCGAACAGCCUUCGGGGCAGGCCAGGAAGAGGGAGGUCAGGGAGCUGGAGAGGAGGGGGGUUAAGGGGGUUGUUACGAGGGUGGGCAACGCGGUGGUGGCUGUUGCGGUAGAUGAGAAAGCGGAGGAUAGAGAAGGGGAUGGAAGCGGUGGGGUUGGCGCGCUGCUGAGCGGGGAGAAGAGGGUUUGGAUCGUGAAGGUGGCGGAUGAUGUUACCUUCCGGAGCAGGAUGAACGCCACGAUGGAGAGGCUGGCGAAAAUGGGGGAGGCCGAGUACAGCCCGUUCAUCAGGGUACUCUUUGGGCUGUCCUCGCCCUCACCGGUUCCGGCGGAUCUCUCCCGUGACCCUGAGGUUGGGGAGAUCGAGUGGGUGGACCCGACGCUGAAUGACAGCCAGAAGGAUGCCAUCCGGUUUGCGCUGGCGUCGAGGGAGAUUGCGCUUAUACAUGGCCCGCCAGGCACAGGCAAGACGCACACGCUCAUCGAACUCAUCCUGCAGCUCCUCAAGCGCAACCAGCGCAUCCUCGUCUGCGGCCCAUCCAACAUCUCGGUCGACAACAUCGUCGAGCGCCUCGCGCCGCACAAGGUGCCGCUGAUCCGCCUCGGCCACCCGGCCCGCCUGCUGCCCUCCGUGCUCAACCACUCCCUCGACGUGCUCACCCGCACCUCCGAAGCCGGCGCUAUCGUCAAGGACGUCCGCGCCGAGAUGGAUGCCAAGCAGGCGUCGAUCCGCAAGACGCGCAACGCCAAGGAGCGGAGGGCCAUCUACGCCGACCUGAAGGAGCUGCGCAAGGAGUACCGCGAGCGGGAGCGGCGGUGCGUGAGCGACCUGGUCGCCGGCAGCAAGGUGGUGCUGGCAACGCUGCAUGGGUCUGGGGGCUUCCAGCUGCGCGACGAGCAGUUCGACGUGGUCAUCAUCGACGAGGCCAGCCAGGCGCUCGAGGCGCAAUGCUGGGUGGCGUUGCUCGCCGCGAAGAAGGCGAUCUGCGCAGGCGACCACCUGCAGCUGCCGCCGACGAUCAAGUCGCUCAACUCGAAGAUGACCAAGCCGAGCAGUACAAAGGGAAAGGACGCUGCUGCUGCAGCAGACGAACCUACGAUAAAAGGGGCUACGCUGGAGACGACGCUGUUCGACCGCCUGCUGAAGCUACACGGCCCGUCCAUCAAGAGGAUGCUCACGACGCAGUACCGCAUGCACGAGAAGAUCAUGCGCUUCCCGUCCGACGAGCUGUACGAGGGCAAGCUGAUCGCCGCCGACGCCGUCAAGGCCCGGCUGCUGCGGGACCUGCCAUACGAGGUGGCGGACACCGACGACACGACCGAGCCGCUCGUCUUCAUCGACACACAAGGCGGCGACUUCCCCGAGAAGAACGAAGACGAGCAGCAGGAUGCUGCCGGCGGCGGCAAGAAGCUGACCAAGAGCAGCCUCUACGGCGACAGCAAGAGCAACGAGAUGGAGGCGGCGCUGGUGAGGCAGCACGUGAGGCGCCUGGUCGAUGCCGGCGUCAAGCCGGAGGACAUCGCGGUGGUGACCCCUUACAAUGCGCAGCUCGCGAUCCUAGCGCCGUUAAAGGAGAUGUUCCCGGGCAUUGAGCUCGGCAGUGUGGACGGCUUCCAGGGCCGGGAGAAGGAGGCGGUCAUUGUCAGCCUGGUCCGGAGCAAUGCGGACGGCGAAGUCGGCUUCCUAGGCGAGAAGCGGCGGCUGAAUGUGGCCAUGACAAGACCCAAGCGAUCGUUAACGGUCAUCGGAGACUCCGAGACGGUGAAAAAAGGGAGCAAGUUCUUGAAGGACUGGAUGAAUUUUCUCGAGGAGAAUGCCGACCUCCGGUAUCCGGACCUGAGUUCACUCUCUCAGGAGGCAUGA